AAAAAAAGAAAACAGGUAAAAUAAGUGUAGCAUCUACUGAGACAGAGACAGAAGUGCUUUUACAGCGUAGUGCUAAUACUACUGAUAAUACUGAUAUUAUAUCUAAAAUGGGAUCUGAACUUGAAGAG